AUGAAUCCUGUACUUGUAGAAGUAUCAAAUCAAGUUGCAACAAUAACUUUAAAUAGGCCAGAACGAGGUAAUGCUCUUACUUCAGAAAUGGUAACAGAGUUCCUUAAUAUCUUUACCAAAGUUGAAAAUGAUCCUUCAGUUCAUAUUAUAAUAAUAACAGGAGCAGGAAAAUAUUUUUGUACAGGAUUAGAUUUACAAUUAGGUAGUAUAAUAAACGAAGAAGUUUCAAAUAAAUUUGAAAGAGGAUAUCAAUUUUAUAAAAUAAUUAAAGAUUGUCAUAAACCAAUAAUCGCCAAGAUAAAUGGACCAGCUUUAGGUGGAGGAUUAGGAUUAAUAUUUACUACAGAUAUAAGAAUAACGGUAAAAGAAGCAUAUUUUUCAUUUCCAGAAGUAAAAAGAGGCAUGGUACCAGCUAUAAUUUCACGAUAUGUAGUACCAGAGAUUGGAAUAUUUAAGGCAAAACAAUAUAUGUUAACGGGGGAAAAGAUAUCAGCAGAACAAGGAGUUACAGAUAAAUUCAUUACAUGCGUUGAGAAAGACCAUGAAGAAUUGAAUAAUAAAGUUAAUUCAUAUAUAAAACUACUUUUAUCUAAUAAACCAGCAGCAAUUAGUACAAUUAAAGAAUUAGUAAAUUUAAUGGGAUCGACGGAAAAUGAAGAAUUAAAGAAAGAUUAUAUUCGAAAAGUAUUUAUUAAGUUCAUUAAGCAGAUAUAUUCAGAAAAACAAAGCCGGACCAAGUUGUAA